GAGAGACAUCAGAGCAGAGUGAUGCUGAAGAGAGCAGGAGAGACGUUAAAAAAAGACUGCAGCACAGAGCUUGAGUGAGAGCAGCUCUACAGUUAGUUCAGCCUGAGCAGACAUUUCAUCUCACAGAGCAAAGAUGCAGUGGAGCCGGUUUCUGCUCCUUCUGAUGGGUCAGUGUUCCCUCUUCACAUGUCAACUCUAUAAAUACCACUUCAUUAAUAAGAACAAGAGCUGGUAUGAAGCCCAGGAGUACUGUAGACAGAAGUAUACAGACCUGGCCUCAGUGUAUAGACAGGCAGACAUCAACACACUGCAAACUGCCAAGAAACAAGGCAAAGAAGCCUGGAUUGGACUGUACAAAGAAACUGUAACAAACAAAACUGAAUGGGAGUGGCGCUGGUCUCAGGCAGAGGUGAAGUACACUGAAAAUCAGACAAAGUGGGAAAAUGGAGAACCCAAUAAUGCAGCAGGUAGUGAGUACUGUGUGAGCCUGAAGGCUCCCGCAAGACACUGGUGGGAUUACUCUUGUACGGUGCCACGUCCAUUUAUCUGCUAUGAUGCAAAUACUACAUCUGACCAAUUCUAUGUGAUUGAAACACAGAUGACCUGGCUACAGGCCCGAAAGUACUGCAGAGAGAAUUACAAAGACCUGGUCAGUGGAAAAACACAGCUGGAAGACCAAGAACUAACCGGGAAGCUUCAGGACAAGACAAGAGAUUAUUGGAUCGGCCUGUUCAGAGUCACCUGGAGGUGGUCUGAUGGGAGAAGUUCCUUUGUCAGACCCUGGAACCAAAUCUAUUCUGACAGUCAGCCAGACAACAAAUGUGCUAAGCUGGAUAAAGAAGGCAGAUGGAGGACUGACAACUGUAACUCAACAAAACCUUUCUUCUGCUACAACGACAAAGUGAUCCUGGUCAAAGAGAACAAGACCUGGGAGGAGGCCAUCAAUCACUGCAGAGAGAAGUACAACGACCUGAUCUCCAUCACUGACGCUGAGCAGCAGAGCUGGGUCCAAGAGAUAGCCAAGAACGCCUCCAGUUCCCACGUCUGGCUGGGACUGCGCUUCACCUGCAUUCUGGAAGCCUGGUUCUGGGUCACCAACGAGAGGGUCGACUACAAGAACUGGGCCUCAAGCGUAAAGAUGGACAACUGCGACAUGUCUGGAGCCAUGGAGACAGGAGGAGAACACAAGUGGUGCAAAGAGGACGAUAUGAGGGAGUUUAAUUUCCUCUGCUCUAAGUUUUAAAGCCUCCCUGCUCACUGGCUUGUAUUCAUUUCCACACUUUGUUUUGGUGGUGGGUUAUAUUUAAAUAGCUUACAUUGUUAUAGUGUGUGUUCUCUGGGUUCAUUGAAUGGCAUUCUUGGAAAUGUCUGAAUCACGACCUGAGGAGGAGAUGAGUGAGAUCUCCAACAGAGUGGUGUCACUGCAGAUUGAGGGGAGAUGUGCAGGAUUUCUGUGUGUAA